GAUUCUUCAUUUUCUAGGUCAGCGAAUGUGAUCAGUGCCAGAGGUUUGAAAACCUCUUGUGAGUGAUGAAAAUAUUAAGACUGGCCAGAUGAAUCCCAUGACGCAGCUGUACUACAAGAAGGCAACAUAUUCGCCGUACCGCGACCGCAUCCCGCUUCAGAUCGUCCGGGCUGAAGUUGAGCUGUCUGCUGAGGAGAGGGCCUACCUCACUGCUGUGGAGAAAGGUGACUAUGCAGGAGUCAAACAUGCCCUUCGCGAGGCAGAGGUCUACUACAACAUGGAUGUGAAUUGUCUAGAUCCGCUGGGCCGCAGUGCACUCCUCAUCGCCAUUGAGAAUGAGAACCUGGAGAUCAUGGAGCUCCUGCUUGACCAUGGCAUCCACACGGGUGACGCCUUGCUCUAUGCCAUCAGAAAGGAGGUGGUGGGCGCCGUGGAGCUGCUGCUGUCACACAGGCGACCCAGCAACGAGAAGCAGGUUCCCUCACUGAUGAUGGACAGUCAGUUUUCAGAGUUCACUCCAGACAUAACUCCCAUCAUGCUCGCAGCUCACACCAACAACUAUGAGAUUAUCAAGCUGCUCCUACAGCGGAAGGUCACAAUUCCCAGACCGCACCAGAUACGUUGUGAUUGUGUUGAGUGUGUUUCCAGUUCAGAGGUUGACAGCCUUCGGCAUUCACGGUCUCGACUCAACAUCUACAAGGCUCUAGCCUCACCCUCCCUCAUUGCGCUGUCCAGUGAAGAUCCCAUCCUCACUGCCUUCAGACUGGGCUGGGAACUCAAAGAACUCAGCAAGGUGGAGAACGAGUUUCGUCAGGAGUAUGAGGAGCUGUCUCAGCAGUGCAAGCGGUUCGCCAAAGAUCUUCUAGAUCAGGCCAGGAGUUCUAGAGAGCUGGAGACCAUCCUGAACCACAGAGACAAUGACCAGAGCGAAGAAUUGGACCCAAGACAAUGUCACGACUUGGCCAAGCUUAAACUAGCCAUCAAAUACCACCAGAAAGAGUUUGUGGCGCAGCCAAACUGCCAGCAGCUGCUGGCCACACUGUGGUACGACGGCUUCCCAGGCUGGAGAAGGCGACACUGGGUGGUCAAACUGGUAACCUGCUUCAUCAUCGGACUCCUGUUCCCUGUCUUCUCAGUGAUCUACCUGUUGGCUCCUAAGAGCGCUUUGGGACGCUUCAUCAAGAAGCCCUUCAUCAAGUUCAUCUGUCACACAGCGUCCUACCUGACCUUCCUCUUCCUCCUGCUGCUGGCCUCACAGCACAUUGCCCGUACCAACCUGCACAUGCAGGGACCUCCGCCCACCAUUGUGGAGUGGAUGAUUCUCCCAUGGGUGCUGGGCUUCAUCUGGGCAGAAAUUAAGGAGAUGUGGGAUGGGGGAUUCACAGAGUACAUCCACGACUGGUGGAACCUGAUGGACUUUGCCAUGAACUCUCUCUAUCUGGCCACCAUUUCGCUGAAAAUAGUGGCCUAUGUUAAGUAUAACUCAUCUCGUCCCAGGGAGGAGUGGGAGAUGUGGCACCCGACGCUGAUAGCCGAAGCUCUGUUUGCCAUCGCCAACAUCUUCAGUUCGCUCAGACUCAUCUCCCUCUUCACUGCAAACUCUCACCUCGGGCCGCUGCAGAUCUCACUGGGAAGGAUGCUGCUGGACAUCCUCAAGUUUCUCUUCAUUUAUUGUCUGGUCCUGCUGGCAUUUGCUAAUGGUCUGAACCAGCUGUAUUUCUACUAUGAGACCAAGGCAUCAGAAGAGCCCAACAACUGCAAGGGCAUCCGCUGUGAGAGGCAGAACAACGCCUUCUCAACGUUAUUUGAGACCCUUCAGUCUCUAUUCUGGUCAAUAUUUGGGCUGCUAAACCUGUACGUCACCAACGUGAAGGCUCGGCACGAGUUCACAGAGUUUGUCGGGGCGACCAUGUUCGGGACGUACAACAUCAUCUCGCUGGUGGUUCUGCUCAACAUGCUCAUCGCCAUGAUGAACAAUUCCUACCAACUCAUCGCUGAUCAUGCUGACAUCGAGUGGAAGUUUGCCCGCACCAAGCUGUGGAUGAGUUGCUUUGACGAAGGUGGCACACUCCCGGCUCCGUUCAACAUCAUCCCCAGCCCCAAGUCCUUCUGGUACCUGCUCAUGUGGCUCCACAACAAGCUGUGCAGGAGAGGCCAGCCGCCAGGGGACGGCGGGCGCAAAUGUGAAAACCUCAGAGAGUUCACAGAGCGUCAUGCUGACAGCCUGCUACAGAAUCAACAUUACCAGGAAGUGAUCCGGAACCUGGUGAAGAGAUAUGUGGCAGCCAUGAUACGCAGCGCCAAGACGGAUGAAGGACUUACGGAGGAGAACUUUAAGGAGUUAAAACAGGAUAUCUCAAGCUUUCGCUAUGAGGUCUUGGAUCUUCUUGGUAACCGGCGCCCUCCCCAGCGACACUACUCCUCCUCUAGUGAGACGACAAGAGACGAUGACGCUGUACCUUCAGAGGAUGACGGAGAAUCAGGUAACAGCAGGGGUGGAGCUGGAGGCCAGAAGUCAAAGGGUGUGACCUUCAUGACCCCACUGGAGGAUGAUGGCAGGCCCUCACCAACACUUGGCGAGGGGGAGCUCAAGGAGGGCAUUGUAUGGGGGGAGGAGGAGGAGGAAGAGGAGGGGAAACCAAAGAGUAAUGGGCUGAAGACGACCAUGAUCUCUCCAUCCUCUACCACUGCCCUUCCUUUGACAUCUUCAUCAUCACUUGCUCGUACGAGAAGUUGCCUGCAGCGCCUCUCAGCUCCAAGGGCAAAAACAGACUCUUUCAAACGCCUCUCCUACCUGUUCUUGCGCUCCAAACACAGAGCCCAACCCAUGCCACUUCCUCUCCAGUCCCCGCCUUCCUACACCAUCUCUGAUGGGUUGCUCCACCCCCUGGGGACCCACAGCCACUCCGACUUUGGACUUAGUGAUGUGACCAGAAGUGACACUCACCUGAAUGAGGUUGGCCGCUCAGUUGACAUCAAUAACCCCUCCUUUUCACCGCAGAGAAUAAAUGGGCGGGACUCGCUCCUGACCCUGCCCCUCCCCCCCCCGUGCCCCUGCCAAUCCCUGCACUGUGCUUCCAACAUGUCAGAGUCCAGUUCACGCCUCCUGGAUUCCAGUGAGGACGUUUUUCAGGUCGGAGGCAUGGGAGGAGCGGACACAGUGGACACAGGAGGGGGACGGGGAGGGGUGAUGAUGAUGGGCGGGUGGGUGGGACCAUGUGACAACCUCAUAGAGGACAGCUGUGAGGUCGUAGAGGACUCAGUCACCACGCAGCUAUAG